CUGCCGCCGACUGCAUUAGUCUCUCUCGACCCGUGAAUGAAGUUCGCCGCACCACGUCGUAGUUGCUCGCCUUUUCAAGUAUCGGCGCGACCGCGAUUGAAGGCCUCUCGGAGCUGUGUGUUACCUUUUUCCACUGCAGGCUUUUAGGUGCCUACCAACGCAGCCACACACGAUCGAUAUCGCAUGAGCAGCAAUCAACCAGGAAGUCGACGGUCAAGAAAAGCGAAACAUGGAGAAAUAGUUUCAUUCAGUUAUUCGUCGUAUGGAACUGCCUCGCUAGCCGGUGGUAGUGUAUAGUGCAAAGUGCAGUUGCACAACCGCCGCACUGAUUCAUAAGUGCAAACAUAGUUGGAACCGUCAAAGAGUGAUAACGAGCAGCAGCGCAAGUUUUCAGCUGGUAUUCCGUUUCAAGUUGUGCAAUUUCGUGACCAUAAGUGAAAAAACAAUCUUUGUUAGCACAGCAGUGAACGAAUUGUUGACGCCGGGAUAAAAGUUCUGCUCUUACGUCGCUCCAGAGCGCACGUGUCUGUGUUUGUGUGCGCCUGCGACUGGUGCACGAGCUAAUUGCUGCAAAUAAUGAGCAAACCAAGCGUGAUCAAAGCGAAUCGUAUUUCUCGAGACAGUGGCAUUUGCGUCGAAGACAGCCCGCGAAGCGACUCGCCCGGAGAUAGUCCAGUGAAGAAACGUUUCCCAGCCGGUGGCGGACCGGGCACCAGGCCCCGAGUGAAAUCUUCCUACGUGCUUAAACUAACGCAGCAUUUUGAAACUUUGAGCUGCCACGAUGAAGGCAGCCGAAGUUCGCCUGCGACGUUGUCUAAAUUCAGCAGUUCGCUCAGCCACUUAGCCCCGGCGAGCGCGAGUGAUGAACAAGUGCCUCACCAGACGGAAGUUGAACGCCAAGUGUCUGCUAGCUCUGCUGCGGAAAGUGAGGUAAAAAUGGAUGACGCAGUGCAAGUGAUUGAACAUUUCUACAAUGAAAUUUUGGUCGAAGAUAAACGGGUAAAUAAGUUUGGUAUUUUACGCGAGCAUAGUCACUCGGUGGUGGCUGAAGAUAUCGAUCAGCCGGGGGAUCACCUUUCGGGCAAGGCCGAAAACGACGAAAACAUGGGUGUGAGUGAUAAGAUAACGGAUGGAGGAGACUUCCAUAAUGAGUCAAGCAGGGAUUUUGAGAUGGAGGACGAGCCAAUGGAUGUGGCGGUAGCGGAAGCCCGAAAUAUUUCUCUGUCCCAAGAACCUGCCGAUCAUGAGCACUAUUACGAGGAAGAUGAUUUCAGUGCUACCGAUUCGUUUGAUUCGUCGGACGAUGAAGACCUGAUAGCGGUGAGCAAAUCAAGACCUGAUUCCGAUUCCUCGAUAAAGUCAGAGCGCAUCAGCAACAUUAUGAAGGAACUGUUGGAAAACGAGGAAACCUAUGUGCAAACACUUGAAAAGGGCAUAGAAAAUUACAUAAGCGUGAUGAAUCAGAAGGAUUUACCACCGGCACUGAGAGGACAAAAGUAUCACAUUUUCGGAAAUAUUGAAAGUAUUUUCGAGCUGCACAAUGAAAAGUUCCUUCCAAAGCUUCGCGAUAACAGUGCCAGCAUCCAAGGUGUUGCAGAGACGUUCAUCGAAUUUAUUGAGUAUGAUCGGUUCUACUGCUACAUUUUGUUUGCGCUGAAUCGACCAAAUUCCGAAAAGAUUUGCAAUAAGAACUUGGACUUUUUUCAAGAAAGACAAAACCAAGUUGGCGAUAAACUAGGACUUAACAGUUUUCUUCUACAACCGAUCCAACGAUUGAUGAGGUACAAAUUGUUGCUAGCCGAAAUAAAUAAGGAAGCUUUGAAGUUAAUAGCGGAUGCUCUGAUGGACUCGGUGAAGGACGAAAUCGGAGUACUGUGCAAGGCCGAGAAACGGCUGGAACGGUUCAUCGAUAUCGUGAAUGAGGCUAUGAGUAUCAACGAUAUUUGCGAAUGCUACGAGGAUUUCAAAUGCAUAGGGACGGACUUGAUGACUUCCUUCUCCGUUGCCGCUAAUUUUGGUUUCGGUCAAAUUGUUGAUACACCUCCGGUACUGCUUCUGAAGAAUAGCGGUAACAAGAAUCCCGAGAAAAAUAAACCUUUAAAUAUAUUCCACCAGGGGAAAUUUCGCAAAAUGUUCGAAAUGGACAUCUACGACUGGGAUCGGCGGCGGAAAUACGCCUCCAAGGUAUUCUUCUUCGAGAAGUGCCUCAUCUACUCGGAGAAAAUCAAAGAAAAGCUCGAAUAUCGGGGCCACUACCUGGACUCCGACGUCGGACUGUACAACGACGGCAAGACGAAGCUGUGUGUGUUUGAAAAGAAACGUGGCAUACGGGAGAUCGAAAUUUCCAGCAGCGAAACGAGCACCGUGCAGAGGAUGGCCGGCUAUAUCGAGGACACGAUAAAACGUUUCGCAAUGCGCGAGCGCCAGCGAGUGAAUGACCUCAGCAGCAAGAAGGAGUGGUGCGAGCAGCGGGUUCCCAGUGUGAUGACCAUCAAUCGGGGGAGUGUUAUGAGCGGCAAGAGUAUCAUCAGCAAUAACAGCAGUCGUGACAGUUACGAUUCUGGCUCUCAAACAACAUGGGAUGCUGAAAAACCAAUUCAAAGUUUGGUCUCAUCACAGAAGCAUUUUUGUCAAAUUUUGGCAAUCAACCGCAAGCACUAUUUUGGGGAUCUACCGGAUGAGCUUUCACAAAAUAUAAAACGUUUCAUCCAGACCUUCGACCAGCUGGUGGAGAUCCACUCUAAACGGGUGUACGAAGAUUUUGCCCAGGAAAACGUGGGAUUGGACGAUAUUUGCGAAUUAUUCAUUAAGUAUUUCCAGGAAGAUUUAUUCGAUCCAUACAAUAAAUACUUAAAGCUUUUCAAAAAGGCUGCUGAUGUCAUGAAGAAUAUCCAUAAAGCUUCGCGCACCUCUCUGAGCAGCACAUUGGUAGCUCAAACUACGGACGAUUUUACCUUCAUGCCGAUUGACAUCUGGAACAAGUAUGAGCACUUUGUACAAUCGCAAAUCGUUAGGCUUUCGGAGCAAAUGGACCAAUCCACGACCGAAGCGGAUAAGGAUUUGUUCCGCAAGUUGGCAUACGUUGAGGUGCAGAUCAACUCGUUCCGCAAGCUCCUAAUGCAGAACUACAAGCUGCUCAAUUUGGAUGCAAACAUUUCCGCAUCCAGCCAUGGCUUGGUUCUAUAUUCCGUCAGGGUUCGCUACGGAAAUGAAACUCUGAGCUCGCACCGGGUUUUCAUAUGCGAGAAAGCGGUUGCUUUAGUACGCGUCCAAAUGGUGAAGAAUUUGAAUCGUACUUCUGAAAAGUAUACUGGAGUUGUCUUUCAGGAUAAGUUUGUACGGGGAGUGAGUGUGGUGAAGCAAAGUAAGAAAUCCGAGAUGAGACUUAACUUCGAAAUCGGGGGUAUAAAACAUGCAGUAGAUUUCGGAAAUAAAGCUGACAGAGAUAAGUUCUUUGGGAAUUAUUCCAUGUUCUACGGGAAAUGGUUCACUGUGGCACGUUGGUGAUGAAAGAAGGGAGGCAGCCUGUUUGAAAAUUAAUUGCAUUCCCGUAGGACAACCGUUUGAGUUUUGUGGAUUUAGUACGACAGUUCAAUCGAUGCAAAUAAUUUGUAGAUGGAAAUAUAUAACAAAACGCA